UGUGGAAGAGAUGACGUAUGUCUUAUUUACAUGUGUUCUUAGAUAACAUAACAAGUAUCGCACAUACGGCUUGUAAAAGAACAAUGCCUCAAUUAAUGUGAAAUCAAGAACAUGCAACCUUGGUUUGUGUGCACUUAUUUUUACUGAAAUCAAGACUUUCGUCACAAGAUAAGUAUUUGACAUGCAACGAAAUGGAUUCGAAAAAUAAUGUAACGGGAGGAAUAUCACAUAUAGCUGAAAUGCAAUUGUUCUAGAAUACUUAUAUUAAUAUUUUUAUUAAAUAAAAAUAACUGGUAAAAAAUGUCCAAGACAGGAAUGUGACACAUUGAAUGACAUAUUUAUACCAUUUAUAUCUUUUACAGGUAUGCUACGUAGAACAAUACAUUGACGAUCUUAGUCAUGCUAUGCUUUACAAGUCAGGAUGUUUGCACAAAAUUCAAUGUGACAAACACGCCCACAGCCUAAGUUUGAUUGGAAGGAAACGGUACGACAACACUGUUAUGUCAGGUAACGACUUGCAGAUAAAGUGUUGUGACUCCAACCUUUGUAACAAUGGAAACACCAGUACAACUAUAGGAAGCCCCGUGACUAGUGGGACAGUGGUGCCAACACAUGGCUCACAAUCUACAAAUGCAAACCUAUGCUCCAGUAAUCCAUGUAUUCAUGGCAACUGUUUCUCGGGAUCAAAUGACUACUUUUGUCAAUGUGAACAAGGCUGGCAAGGCAAAACUUGCGAUCAACGUCCGGGCAAAUGUACAACACAACCGUGUGUCCAUGGACAUUGUUUCGAAAGCAGUAUCGACUACGCAUGUCAGUGUGAGAAUGGAUGGGAAGGGAAGAACUGUGAUGUUGCUUUACCCCCAAACGAUUGUUCAGAUCUACUGAAUCGAAAUUCUGUUGUCCAAAGCGGCGUGUACUAUAUCACCACCCCUGUCUCUCACACGAAGAUACAGGUGUUUUGCGACAUGGACACUGACGGGGGAGGUUGGACGGUAUUUCAGAAACGUUUCAACGGAAGGGAAUCCUUUCAUCGAAAUUUCAUAGAUUAUGAAAACGGCUUUGGAGACGUUAAUGCUGAACAUUGGUUAGGUCUAAAAUACAUCCAGGAGAUUACUUCAGCUGGUUCACACAGACUCCGUUUAGAUGUGACGCAUUUCAAUAGAAGCAAGGGUUACGAUGUAUACGACAACUUCAGUCUUCAGCCUGGACCUGCCUAUACGAUGAAUCUCGGAGCACGUUUAGAGCUCAGUGGCCUUCAACUACGCUAUGCAAUAAACGUAGAGAAUGGGUGCCGUGGUUGUGCAUUCAGUACAUAUGAUCACGACGUUGAUGAAGAUCAUAAUCAGUCCUGUGCGUAUUAUUUUCAAGGCGGAUGGUGGUAUAAUAGCUGCUACACAGUGAACCUUAACGGAUUGUACCUCCCGGGAUCACUAAAUGAUACCGCAAUGUGUUUUUCCCAUGACAUCGGACUUACCGCCAGCACCAUGAUGUUCAAGAAAAAAUAAAAGAGUUUUACAAGAAUGACAGAAAAGCAUGUGCAUGUUAUUGACAUGUUGAAAAAAGUCUGUUAUCAAAUAUAUUUCCUUUAAACAAAAAUACAAGGUAUUAGUUUGUAUUCAAAUUAUUAUAAUUCGUCAAAAUACUGUAAACCAGAUACAAUACUACAAACUCAACGCGAAUGUUAAAGUAAAAUGGAAAUAGCUGUAAAAGGUAUGAACAUAAGAGUUGUUGCUUGAACAGUCAUCUUCAAAUUAAUUACAGCCACCGUUUACACAGAAAAAGAAUUAAAGUACGAUCACAGUUAAUUGCAGGGCAGUUGUAAACAGCGUACAAUUCCUGAGAAUUAGGACAAUCAACGAGGACACCGAUACCGGAAGUACUGUUUUUAAAUAGUCCACGAGAUUUGAGCUGUGAUAUUGUUUCGCGCAUGAAUUGUGCACAUAUCGAAACAUUCAUACGGCGACUCUCUUCAAACAACGAAACGAACAAAUGCACAAAUAUAUAUAAAAAAACAUAGCAAACAUCCUAAGAACAUAUCAAGAAAAAAGAACUUCUCGUCGCACAAAAACGAGCAUACAUGAUUAGUUGUACAAUGAUUAUCGGCCAAAUAUAUACAUUUUACCUAU